GCCCGAAACAGCCACCACAACGCCAAGCCCAAACCGGAUUGAUGCCGCAGCUGCCGGUGGCGGUGGUGGACGCCGCGCCCAUCCAGCGCCUGCUCGGCCGCCUCGUCACCAGCAUCACGGGCUUGCGGCUGGACGACACUGCAAGCAAGGUCGAUGCCGCCAACUUUGAGCUCGCGCGCAAGUACGCCUCGAGCAAUUUCAAGUUCCAUCGGUUUCCAGACACGAACAGCCACCGCGUGCGCGCCACGAUCGCCGGACUGGUCGACAAGCUGACGAUUCAGAGCGAGCACGCAAAGGCAGAGGCGCUCCAACGCUAUUACGGCGCCUAUCUCCGCAUCAUUGAAGCGGAACAGACUGGCGCAUCAUCAGCCCAGCGCGACGAAGGCUUCGAAGUGCUGCAAUUCCUAAUCUCGCUGUCUCAGUCGCCGACGCAUGCGGAUUAUCACGAGAGCCCUGUGGCGAGACAGAGCAGGGCUGCAGAUCCUAGUGUGUACCACGCCGAGCUUCUCGCUGAGCUCAAGGAAGACCUCAGCGAGUGGGAGGCAGAGCUCGCGCUGAACGACGCGCUGGACGAGGCCGAGGAGGCCAUGCAUCGCGCGGGCGUGGAUGCGGUCUCCGAUGCAGCGAAUGCUGCUGCGGCAUUGGCACGGUCGUCGAGCGACAGUGCAAGUGCAAGCGCGGUGGCGGCGGCGGUGGCGGUGGAGGAGAAUGCGGUGGCUCAGCCAACUCAAUCGCUCGCACUGCUGCAGCUGCUUUUCCAACGGCAACCCUUCCUCCAUCAACUGGAAAAUUACAUUGUCAAGCCAUACUGGACGAGCUCGGCGUUGCCAAGCACCGAUAGCCGCCACCUUUCCAUUGACGCCCUGCAAACCCACCACGCAAUGAUUUUGCCGUUUGUGCGGACAUCAGAGCAUAGCGUUGCUGUGCAAACACGCCAGUUCCAUUCUAACAUGGCGCCAGAGACGACCCUGCAAACGUGGCUGGAAGUUGCCACUGCAUCUACCGGCCUUUCGUCGACUCCGGCGCAUACCGUCAUCUCGGAGACGGUUUUGCUACGCGAAUGCAUUUGGCUGUUGCUUGGAGCGCGCCAGUCGGUGGUGUUUACCUUAUCCAGCCGGCGUUUCAACUGCUGCAGUAUUGAACGACUGGUCGAGUUUGAAACGCGUCGGUCCACACUCAUUUCGGUUCCGUCGGUGCGCACUUCGAUCAGCGUCCCACACCUCUCGCCAGCGAGCUAUGCCGCCGCUCUUGAUACGGUGAUUCGAUUAUGCACUGCUUUGGAGCAGGUUCGCGCGAUCGAGGCAAUCUUUGGGCAAUUCUUGCCGACCGAUUCGCGAGCAGUCGGCACACCCGCCCACGGCCCCGCACAACUUCCACUUGCGCUGCAAGGAUUUGCCGAGUUUUGCUCCAAGCAACUACGACUCUUGUCGGAUGUUUUAAUCCAACUGGAGAACGAUUGCAGCACACUGGGAGCACUUGCGGCUGGUGAGACCGUUCUGUCGGAACAAUCCGCGACCGAAGCUCGCCUGCUGAGUGACACGGUUCGAAGACCGACCACGUUCGCACAUGUUCCCACCGAACUCGACUUGACUACCAGCUUUGUGGCGUACCCAUCCCCUGAUUCAAAGGAGAUGGCGGCAGUAUCCAUGUUCGCGUCCACAGCAAGCAACAAUCACCUGGAUUGUGUCGUGCCAAACUCUCGCCUGUCUAUUCUUGCACUCGACAUGCAACUACGACCUUGGAUUCCUAAAUUUGAGCACCUGGCUGCCCUUGGCACCACGCUGACUGGAAUCAGCUGGAUGGAGAAUCAGUCGCACAUCCCCCCAGACAACGCUCUCGAGCCUCAUGAAAUAUCACGACGCCUAUUGGACGAGUCGUACGCGAUGCUUGAAUCUGCCGACCUGCUUUCGCGCUCGACUGCGUGGCAAGUGUUUGUUACCGAAUGCUUUCUGGCCUGCGCGUCGCCGUGUCUGCACGUUCUUGGCACUUGGAUGAGCACUGGUUCGGUUCAUGAUCUGGCCCAAGACAUGUUUUUCGAGCUUCAUCCUACCGUCAAACCGACCGACUCCAGCUUUUGGUCCGACUAUGCCACGCUGAGACACUCUCGCGAUGGGCAAAGUGCGUGCCCCAGGUUCCUGCAAGGGGCUGCCUCUGGCAUCGUUCGUUGCGGGUUGGCUGUCGUCCUCAGCACGACUCUCGAGGCGACGCAAUCCAAACACCCAGGAGCUGUCGCUGAUAAACUAGAGCCCGCGUUUCUUCAAGCCGCUGUUCGUAGUAUGAUUCUGGCUCGCCAAGACGUGGCAGGAACGGUGGUGGUUUCAUUUGAAACCAGCCUCCUGCGCUUGAUCCAGUCAUGUGAUGCCUCCUCGUCCACCCGACUCAUGCAGCUAUUGCGACAGUCCGGAGUCCACAAUCGUGUUGCUGGCACGGUCGCAUGUGACCGGACGUCUCGCUCCCUGACUAUUUUCGAGUAUAUUACGGCUGUUCGGCGUAUCAUUCUAAUGGAAGCAGGCGAGGUGUGGAACCCAGUGUGUCACACCUUAUUUUCCUUGAUUGCGUCAAACACGCAAUGGCGGGACGGCUACUUCCUAACGGGUGUGCUGCAUGAGCAUUUGCCACCGUCGAUGGCACAUCUUGCAUCGGUGUUUUCGAUUGCAGUGUCUGAAUCGGUUUCGAAACCCAGCCGCUCCACCGUUAAUCGAGCAAAUGUUGACAGCACCCACGUUGACGUCUUCUCGACCGACUGCAUGGAAGUGGUAUUACACGCACCGUGGCCUGCUACCAUCCUGAUGGAUGACAACACGCUGGCGCAGUACAAUCGUGUCUUUCAGUUCCUUUUGCGAGUCAAGCACGCCAAAUGGGCGCUGGAUGCCAUCAGGCCGCCAAGGCCAACCUGCACCACACCCCCUGACGCCAAGCUGUGUGCCAAGCUGCAACGCCUACAACAUUUACUAUUACUGACGCGGCACAAACUUCAGCAUUUUGUGAAUGCAAUUCAUCCCUAUCUGCUAACUCGGGUCUUGCAAAGUGUCAGCACAGAGUUUCAAUCCACGAUGGCGGCAGCCAACUUUUUGGACGACUUUCUGGCCGCCCACCGCGACUAUGUUCAAACCCUUGUCGAUCGAUGCUUGCUCCAUCCACAGGUGGCCAUCAUUUCCGACGUGAUUGGAAAGGUGCUAAAUCUCGCACUGCAGUUUGCUGGCAUUUGGGUCGAGUACGAGCGCGUGCGCAGCCUAGUCUACAGUGGGCAGGCGGCCGAAGAGGAAGAAACGCUUCUCGACAGGGAGGAGCUUGAUGAUGAGGAGCUCCUUGAAGAUGUGCGUGCUCCGCGUCGCCUGCCCUCCGACACUGAGCCUUCCGAAAGCAUCGCAAUUGCCUCCAUGGAGCGUAUUCUUUCGCAAGCCGAGUUUGUGGAUGGCGAAUUCCAUCGUUGCCACCAUUUUGCAGUUACCGUGUUGAAUAACAUUGCCGCCCGUGGCUCCCUGCCUCACUUUGAAGCACUGGCCUUCAUGCUUCGCUCUGAGCAGCGCAUCCAGCCACUUCGUUAUCGUAUUUAAUAGCAAGAGUGGGAUGGAUGUACCUGUACCUGUACCUGUACCUGUAUGUUAACGUUCUUAAUAUUGUAAAUCAUUCAAUUGUUCCGGUCG